AUGGAUGAGCAAGACUCAGCCGGCCCUGAAGCAGGAAGGGGUCAUGCCAUCAACACUGGGAGCAGUGAAGGAUUCUGGGAAAGCUCUGUGCAGAAGAUCCUGGGUGAGGAGGACACCCUCCACUCUGAUAUGAAGAGCCAGCAGUUCAGGCAGUUCUGCUACCAGGAGGCCAAAGGACCCCGAGAAAUUUGCAGCCAACUCCACCACCUUUGCCAUCAGUGGCUGAAGCCAGAAAGGCACACGAAAGCUGAGAUGCUGGACCUGGUGGUCUUGGAGCAGUUCCUGGCUGUCCUUCCACCAGAGAUGGAGAGCUGGGUGAGGGAAUGUGGAGCGGAGACCAGUUCCCAGGCGGUGGCCCUGGCCGAAGGAUUCCUCCUGAGUCAGGCAGAGGAGAGGAAGCAGGCAGAGCAGCAGGUGAGAGAGACUUUCCUCUGGAUACUCCAAAGGGGCUCUGAACAGGAGGGAGAGUAUCCUGAAAUCCUCUACUAAGCUUUUGGAAAGCAUCCCCAAAUGGUUUUCCCUUUGCCAUUCCUUUUCUAAUAUUUCUCUCCAUCCUCUGUUCUGAAUCCCUGUUGCUCUUUCAGGGAAAGAUUAUCUUUGCAGAAAUGGGUCUGGAUUCCUCUGAGGCAGAGAAGACUCCGUUGGUCAGGAGAGAGAGGCCGCUGGGUAAGGAGGAAGGAGCUUUUUCUCCCUUUGGUUGCAUUUUAUGGAUUUAGGAACUCAUCUGUGGGUUCUUUUCAUCUUUUGGGGGGAAGACACUUGGGGCCAAGAGAAGGCCCUCUGCCUGGUUCUCUGUAGCUUUACUCCUCACAGUGAGGGAACUGCCAGAAGGCCCUUGGAGCUGGACCUCAGUGUCCGGGCUGAACGAUUGGUGUGGAGACGCUCCUUCAGGUCUACAGGGCCGAGGCUGUUUAGGGCUUCAAAGGUCAAUACUGUACCAACAUGUUGAAUUGUGCUUGGAAACAUACUAGGAGCCAGUGUAGGUCUUUCAGGACCAGUGUUAUAUGGUCCCAGCAGCUGCUCCCAGUCACCAGUCUGGUAGCCUCCUUCUGGCUUAGUUUCUGAGUCACCUUCAGAGGUACCCACGCAUAGAGCGCACCAUCUGUAGUUAGAGGUGCACUGCUUCACCUCAAAGAAACGCAUGUGCUAAUGGCCACUUCCCUUUGUCUCUGACAGGUGACAGAAUGAUGCUGGCAAGUCCUCUUCUUCCAUCUUUGCAUGGAGGCAGAGGAGAAACAUCAGCUCUGGAACCAGAUCAGGUAGGGAGAAGGAGCAUUGCGGGCAAAGAAGCUCCUUGACUUCUGUCAAAAGGCUUAAAAUGCCAUUCCAUGCCAUGUCCUGAGAAUGAUUAACAGUCACCUCACGUUCACUAGCCUUCUGAAUGAUGCUAGUAUUAUCUAUCAGUAGCUUCAGUUUUAUUUACCAAUUUAACAUUUAAUACUAAGAUAGGCUUCUCAACAGCUGACAAACCAUAAAAAAGAGUGGCCAGAAUUCACCCAACGAGUCCCAUCAGUUGCACUAUAGGGCUUUCCCCCUCCUUCCCCUCCCUGUGACCCCCUGCAACCCUGAAGUUGGCUGUAGGGCAUGGCGAAGGUUUCCCCCUCCAGAACAGUAGAGGGGGAGAGGAAAGGGGGGAAUGUUGAGCAGAGAGAAGGAUCUGAAAAACACCAGGUGGAGUUCCACCCAUUUACACAAAGAUGAAUAUCCAUCAAUAAAAUACACAAUAAAACAAUUCCAUUAAGAGGUUAAAACGUACAUCCAUAAUUAAAAUGUACAGCCAGACAAUCCCAUUAAAACCAUACAGCAACAAACAGACACAAAACAACAAAACAAUGUGUAGAAGAUUAUAUUUCUGCUGCCUGAGAGCAAGACUUUUCUUCUUUUAGGGCCUAGUAUGUUUUGAAGAUAUAGCUGUUCAUUUUGCAGACGAGGAGUGGGCGUUGCUGGAUCCUGACCAGAGAGCUCUGCAUAAGGAAGUCAUGGAGGAGAAUUGUGGGAUCAUGAACUCUCUCAGUAAGGCUCCCUGUUGGAUCAUGAUGUCUGUUUUGGAAGUAAAGAUCCCUUGGGAAGAAUCUGGGAGAGGAGGAGACUUAGUCAGUUGUGGGAAGGCAGGGCCUUCAGUCCCCACAACUGGCUCAUAGGGGCCAGACCCAGAGGGAAGUAUUGCUGUGCUCACUAGGCCUGACACUUCUGAGCAGCCUCUUGCUUCUCAUAAGGAGUUAACUUCACUUUGUGUGAUUUAUUGCUGCCCCACUCCUGACACUCAGUUUCCCAUACAUAUGUUCAUUGAUGCCUGUCAACAAAAGCAGUGAAGCCUGUUGUAAGGCCUUACUUUUAAUUCAGUUCAGUUCUUCCUAUGUCCCAAGCUUUAAUUAGCAAAGUUCAAUAACCGAGGGUUGCGUUUCUCCCUGAGGCUGUGAUCCGUUUCUUUCUUUGUUGCAGAUGGUGAUGAAUCAGAGAUUAAGAACCAGGGAGACCAUGACCAUGUCUACACCAUAGAGAAGCAAUGUAAAUAUUCUGAGUGUAGAGAGAACUUCAGUCAAAGCUCCCUCCGAAGAAAUCCAUUGGAGAAGAAAUCCUAUCAGUGCUUGGAAUGUGUGAAGAGCUUCAGUCGGAAAUUCAAUCUCACAGUCCAUGAAAGAAUUCAUACAGGAGAGAAACCAUAUCAAUGCUUGGAAUGUGGACAGAGCUUCGGUCAGAAGACCAGUCUCAUAGGCCAUCAAAGGAUUCAUACAGGAGAGAAACCGUAUCAGUGCUUGGAAUGUGGACAGAGCUUUACCCAGAAAAAGGAUCUCACUUCCCAUCAGAGAAUUCAUACAGGGGAGAAACCAUAUCAGUGCUUGGAAUGUGAGAAGAGCUUCAAUCGGAAGUUCAAUCUCACAGCCCAUGAAAGAAUUCAUACAGGAGAGAAACCAUAUCAAUGCUUGGAAUGUGGACAGAGUUUCACCUGGAAGGAAGGUCUCACUUCCCAUCAAAGAAUUCAUACAGGGGAGAAACCAUAUCAGUGCUUGGAAUGUGGAAAGAGGUUCACCCGGAAGUUCUAUCUCAUAGUCCAUGAAAGAAUUCAUACAGGAGAGAAACCAUAUCAAUGCUUGGAAUGUGGACAGAGCUUUGGUCAGAAGACCAGUCUCAUAGGCCAUCAAAGAUGUCACAGUGGGGAGAAACCAGACAAUGGCUGUAUAUGA